GCGGAAGCAGAGCGUGGAAUGUUGGUACAUUGUUGUUGUUUUGUAGUUUAAUUCAGUACGAGGAUACACCGACUCCGUCUGCUGCUGCUGGACGCCUUAGACACAAACUGUGGCAACUUUACUGCGCAGCCUGGAUUGGAAACCUACUCCGGACACUUUUUACGCAUCACGCGUCCACAAGAUAUCCGCGUCCACAGAGUGUGUCUCUUCUGUGAGAUUCUGGCCAGUUGUCUGCAUGCAGGGAAUGACGACUCAUUUUAAGACGAGCAAAGCUUUAAGGGUCAAGAAGGAGGGUGAGAAUGCCCCGGCGGUCAGCGACGACGAGUUGGUGGCCAUGUCCGUGCGGGAGCUCAACCAGCACCUGCGUGGGCUGACCAAGGAUGACGUGGCGAAGCUGAAGCAGCGGCGACGGACCCUGAAGAACCGGGGCUACGCCGCCAGCUGCCGCAUCAAACGUGUCACCCAGAAGGAAGAGCUGGAGAGACAAAAGAUAGAUCUGCAGCACGAGGUGGACAAGCUGGCCCGCGAGAACGCAAGCAUGAAGCUGGAGCUGGACGCCCUGCGAGCCAAGUAUGAGGCCCUGCAGUGCUUCGCCCGGUCCGUGACCCGCGGGCCCCUCUCGCCGGGCAAGGUGGUCAACACCAGCGUCAUCACCAUCGUCAAGUCCGCCAAACACAACAACUCCAGCCCGACCCCGUUCUCGACUCUCUCCUAGUGGUGACAGGACUGGGCUUCUCCGUCUCCUGCCUGGUCCUUCCCGGUUGUGACCCAGCCUGAACCCACUCAUCCUGCACUGAGAGGACACUCAGUAGUUAGACUGAGGGAUGGGAUGUGGGUGGCAAGCUCUAUGUGAUGUUAUGCUGCAUUUACAAUUCACUCUCUCUGUCCUUCUGUCUCUUUUACACAAUCUACAUUGUCUGUGCACUGUGCAAACUCCCUCUUCCCCGACCCGACCCGAACCCCCCAGCACCGGCAGGGUACUGGGCCUCUGUGACCCUCCCUACAUGACUGUUAGUAGAGAUUUUUUACUUUUUACUCCAGUGUGAAAAAGUAUCUGAUGUGGCACCAUUGGCCUGGGACUGCUCUGACGCUAUUAAGCAUAAAACUUGAGAUUUAAGUACAUAUGUGACAGUAACGCCGAGGCCAAAUCACAUUUUUUCUUUACGUAAAAGUGUCUCAAUGCUAAAUUGAGCCUUUAAAGCUGUUGCCUUAAAAGGAUCUAAGUGAUUAAUAUAAUAUAAAUUAUUAUAGAAGACAAAGAGGAUUCAUCGUUCCAGCUUUGAGGUCAGCCGGACACUCUUUAUAGCCACAGUAACCAGUGGUCUGCUCUCCAACCAGUUGCCUUUACGAGCCAGCCAAACACAACAACAGGUGUUUUCACUGAUUAGCUCCUCUUCUCUUUUUGAAGGUGCUAAGCAGUAAAAUCACCUGUUGUAGUGUUUGGUUUGGAGUUAAAUCCUGCCUACUCAUGCGUUUGGAGAGCACUGCAUUAUGUUUGUUCAGCUAAAUGCGCUUUUGUUUAUAUUUCUGUCUUGGUUAUGCAAAAUGUUACUCGGUGGUCAUGCCAAAUAGUUAAUUUAGUAAGUAGGGAAAGUAAUGCUAGAGAACAGCAGUCAGUACAAUCCAGUAAAGGCUUCCAUACAUGUCGUCUAAUUUAGGAGUUUUGAAGUAACAUUUUUCAUUUGUGAUUGAAAAGUUUAAAACUCAAUUAUUAGGCCACAAUUUGUAUGCAAGCCUUUGCUGGACUAUAUCGAUAUAUAUAUGCCUAUUUUUCUUCUAUUGGGCACAAAGAUAAAAAAAAACAAAAAAACUUGUCUCACAUCUACAGGGUGUCUACAGCAGAUAAAUCAGCUUUUAAAAGAGGCAUAUCUGAUGCACCUUGCUGUCAUUAGAGCUCAUCCAUGGAACGCUUGACAUGUGCUGGUAUAGUUUGGUGGAGAAAUUGUUGGAUUUGUCAGUGGGGCUGGAAAGUGUACAGUUAGUUAUGUUGUUUAAGACAUUGGAGGGCGUUGGGCAGGUGCUGCAAACUGACUCUGUUGGUAUUUUUGUGACCCUUUGACUACAGAAAGUAUUCACAAUUUCUGCUCUGAUAUUUUGAAAUGCAAAAGUAUACUUGUUUUCCACAGAUUGGAACAGGCAGAAUUGGGAAGAGUGAAAUGUUGAAUUGGAAAGUGAUUAAUGAGCAUUUUUGGGCCAGAUUUGUUUGGAUUCAGAAGAUCUGACAUAACCCAGCUUCUAUCAUUAUAUAGCACUUAAAGUAAACUGUUCAGAUGCAGUAUAAAACAAAACAAUUCACAGGGCAACUGAUUUGUAGAAUGACAGAUAGAAGCAUGAUUAAAUGUGGUGUGACCAUCGACUAGGUCAAGCCUAAUGUACCUAAAGACGGUAUACUCUCUGAUAUGUAUGCCACAGCACUUACUGGGUGAUGUUUUGCCUCUUUCCUUUACAUGCCACUCUUUUGGUAGGUAAUCCAUAUUGGAUAUAGUGAUAAUGAGAGCGGUCCUUACAAGUGAAAUGCAAUUUUUAACUUACUUCCUGUAUAUUACAGACUAGCGAAAUGCUAAAGCUCCCACUGCCUCCCGUUGUCACUUUACAUUGAGAACUCCGUCCAAAUAGAAAUCAUUCCUACUGCUGGGUCACGAGAAGUGCUGCUGCUGGUGUUGGUAACUCUCUAACAGUAGCUAUUAACUUUGCUUUUGACACACUCUUCUGCAAGAGAACUCCUGACGCCCCUCUCUAUAAAACAGUGGUGUCACGACAGCUAAAUGCAGUAAAACACCUUCCUCCUGUUGUGCGUUUUGAGAUAUUUAAAUAUGAAAUUCACUUGAAAUCAAGCCGUUCUUACCGAGGAUCCAUUCCUAAUUUGGAGUGAAGUCAAUAGAGAUUGUUCAUGUCAGGAUUUUCUCUUGGCUAAAAGAGGACAUGAGUUUUUCCCCUGUUCCAUAGCUGCAAAGAACAGUACGGGGAACUUUGCUGCUGUACAACCUGCUGUGAUUUUUAAGCAGGGGCAAUGCUGUGUUCUUACUUUUUUGUAUUUUCACUUGGUUUCUAUGUUGAUACAUCCUAUGUUCUCUUUCUGAUACUUAGUUUUAUAUGCAUAUACAGUAUAUAAAUAUAUAUAUAUAUAUAUAUAUAUUACAUAUUUUUCUAUAUUUAUGUCUUUUACUAUCCUGGGAGUGGUGUGAUUAUGUAAUCAUUCUUAAUCAGUCAAAUUAUGUUGAUGCUGACCUUUGUUUUCUGAAAAAGUUGUAUUCACAUUUACAAUGAGAAAACUAUUUUCAUAACUUAAGUGUUCUUUGUGAGUAUUUAUACCCCAUGAAUAAGUCUUUCUCAGCACAUUUACUAUGUGUCUAAUUCUCAAAUUGGACAGACCGUGACUAGGGUUACAUACAGGCUGCAGCUAAUUAUCUGAAACAGUCAAGAAUUAACCGUUUAAAAACGGGGAAAUGACGUUCUGACUACAAGAUUCACUGUUAGGAAAGAGCAUGUGUAUCUGUCAUUUUAGUUCAUAACGUGAAUCUUAUAAUAUUGUUUUAAACGAUACAAAAUUAAAUGUAAUUAAUUGAGAUUCUACAUAAUUUCUGGAUCAUUUAGCUUGAAAUAUAUACCAAACCUCCAGCAAAUCAAUGAUCUCAAAUAUUGAAAACAAGUGUACAUGAUUCAACACAAGAGCACAUUGGUCUGAUGUGAUCAAAUUUUAAAAUGUCUAAUAUUGAUUAAAUGUUUAAUCCUCAGUUGGGUCUUUUGGGCUCAAUUAGUUUAGGAAUACAUUAGAAUAUUUUAUUCAGAAAAAAAUAAAUAAAAUGCUCUUAUUUUGUAGUAUUAACCUGCAUGUAAACCUAGUCAGUUGUUCCGGAUGCAAAGACGAUGUACUUUUCUCAAGAUGCCAAUUGAUUUAGUCGACAGUUUCUAAUGAUGAUGAUGGUAAUGCUUUUGUAACCGCUAAGAAACUUUACCGGAAAAUAACUCCAAAGCUGCUAAAAGACUGUCCACCCAGACCUCUUUAUGUUUAAGGUCUGUUUUAAAUCAAGAGUCAGAGGAAUAUAUAGAUAGAUAUUACAUGUUUACACAAUUCAUUUUGCAGCAAGUUAUUUUUUACAAGACAAUACUGCUUGAAGUGUUUUCUGACAGUGACCUCUUGUGGUAAAGUUUCAAUACAAAAAGCUGUAAAAUGAGGCAUUGUUUAAUUUAGCACAUAUUACUGUAUUUGGAUCUGAGGUGGAUGUUUUUAGGCAGCACACCUUUAAAAAAUAAUACUAAAAACUGUAAAACCCACUAACUGUAAAAAGUAUACAUUUCCAUACCAUGCCAUAAUAAAAGACAAACCUGUCUCCAGGUGAAUUAAGUACUUUGUUGUUAAUGCUACAUCCAGUUUGACCCAGUAGAGGUCCAUUCAAAUACAUGUUGCUCUUAGGCUUGCUUACCACAAGCAAAUAUUUUCCAGACAUAAUUUAUGAUUUCCACAAGCCACUUAUUUUUGCUAAAAUAAAAGCAACCCUGCAAAUAAGUUUAGGAAGCGUUACAAAGAAAUGUAGACAAAAAGAGGUAUAAACAUUACCUUCCAUGGAUGUUUCCUUCUUUACAGUUGAAGCAGCUGCAGCUUAUUAUACAGCACCAAGGAGCUGUAAUGGAACUAAAGUUAUCAGUGGUUAUUUUACAUUUUAUAUGAACCAUAACAAUGCAAAUGUAUGUAUGGAAAUUAGCAUUUCUUGUAUAACUUGACUAGGUAUUCAAGGUUUUUAAUUUAAAAAUACGUCCUAAAAACAUGUCUUUGGUUAAAUAAGCUGCCACACACAAGCUUCGCCAGUCCUACAAGCUACAGUAUUUCACUUUUGACAUGUAGAAAGUCAGUUCUAGUAUAAAUUGAGAAAAAGCUUCAUAAUAGAAGGAAUGGAGCACGUAUAAUGAUGAUAGGGUUGUGGGUGAAAUACAUUAAAUGUUAAUUAAACAGCAGCGGUUUCUAUGUUAAGUUUGUACUUUUGGUUAAUGAUUUCUUUGUUCUAGUCUCGUAGCAACAUGUUGAGGCCAAACGAGGACAGUAAUAAGGCAGCAUAAACUGAGUAUGUACCCGUCACGACUUGUCAUUACUCUGCUCAUAUAUAUUUUAUAUUUAUUUCAUUGAAUUGUGUAAUUUUAUUAAAAAAAACACCUAAAUUAUUUUUUAUUUUACAUUCAUUUAUUUACAUGUUUUCUCAAUGAACUACCCUCAUGUACAAAUAAAAGUAUGUAUUUGUUUCUGCUCUGAUUUAAAGUAUGGUAAAUUAUUCCUAUAAAUAAGUCUGCUGUGUCUGUUUUUGUACCUUCAAAUAAAGCUUUUUCCUCAUUGA